AUGGAAAAAAAUAAACUAUUUAGUAUUUUCUGUAAACCUAAGCGGUCUGUAGACAUUUCAGUGGCAUCAAUAAAUACUACAAACAUAAUUGUUGAUGUUGAAGAUGAUGCAUCUGUAGAUGAUGUUAUGCCUGUGAAGGCUGUACAUGAACCCACACAAAAUGUACAAUGUGAUAUUAAUGACAUUUUAGAUUUAGGUGAUAUUGACUCGGGCCCAGCAACACCUAUAUUAGACGCGUAUCCUAAAACUUGUUUUGGAUCACAAAAUCGAGCUUUUACUUCAGCAUUAUUUAAACAAUUCGAUUGGCUUGAGUAUAGCAUUUCAAAAGAUAGUGUAUUUUGCUAUGCAUGCCGUACAUUUGGUACAAAAAAAUGUAAAUCUGAAGAAAUAUUUAUAACUAAAGGUUUUAACAAUUGGAAAAAAGUAAGUGUUUAUAUUUUUAAAGAUUUACUGAAGAUUGAUUUAGCAUCGCUUAAAGCGGAAAUGAUGGUAGCUAAAAACUGCCUGGAAAAAUAUGAGGGUUCAGAAACUAGAAACCAAAUAAGUUCAUUUCAAAAAUGUAUUACAGUUGAAACAUUUCCGAAUCUAUAUAAACUUCUGAACUUGGCUUUAAGUAUACCGAUUUCUUCAGCAUCUUGUGAACGGUCUUUUUCGACUAUGAGAAGAAUCAGUACUUAUAUACGCUCUACCAUGAAUAAUGAUCGUUUUUCCUCUUUAGCUAUUAUUAAUAUUGAAAGAGAUGUAUCGAAUAAUAUAAAUGCUGAAGAUAUUUUAGAGAUAUAUUCUAAAGAAAAUAGACGUUUAAUGUUGUAA